CGCGGAGCCGCUCCCGCCCUUUCGGCUUGAGCGGCAGCAGCGUUUCCCUCCCGGCGGCUCCGGCGCGGCGCGAACAUGGCGGACCAGGCCAUCUCCUUCCUCAAGGACUUUCUGGCGGGCGGCGUCGCCGCCGCCAUCAGCAAGACUGCGGUGGCUCCCAUCGAGCGGGUCAAGCUCUUGCUCCAGGUGCAACAUGCGAGUAAACAGAUUGCUGCUGAUAAGCAGUACAAGGGCAUCAUCGAUUGUGUAGUGCGUAUUCCAAAGGAACAAGGAGUGCUGUCCUUCUGGCGAGGAAACCUGGCAAAUGUCAUCAGAUACUUCCCAACUCAAGCUCUUAAUUUUGCCUUCAAGGAUAAGUAUAAGCAGGUGUUUUUGGGAGGUGUAGACAAGCACACUCAGUUCUGGAGGUAUUUUGCUGGUAACCUGGCAUCUGGUGGUGCAGCUGGAGCCACUUCCCUCUGCUUUGUCUACCCCUUGGAUUUUGCAAGAACCCGUUUGGCUGCUGAUGUUGGAAAAGCUGGUGCAGACAGAGAAUUCUCUGGUCUCGGGGACUGUCUAGUCAAAAUCACCAAGUCUGAUGGUGUGCGUGGCUUGUACCAAGGGUUCAAUGUCUCUGUCCAAGGCAUCAUCAUCUAUAGAGCUGCCUACUUUGGAAUCUAUGAUACAGCAAAAGGCAUGCUCCCAGAUCCCAGAAAUACUCACAUUGUUAUCAGCUGGAUGAUUGCCCAGACAGUGACUGCUGUGGCUGGCGUGGUCUCGUAUCCUUUCGAUACAGUGCGGCGUCGGAUGAUGAUGCAGUCAGGACGCAAAGGAGCUGAUAUCAUGUACUCUGGAACAAUUGACUGCUGGCGGAAGAUUGCAAGGGAUGAAGGAGGAAAGGCCUUCUUCAAGGGUGCAUGGUCUAAUGUUCUCAGAGGCAUGGGGGGUGCUUUCGUGCUUGUGCUGUACGAUGAAUUCAAGAAAGUAAUUUAAACAGCCUAAAUAGAAUUGGAAAUCAAGUUGAGCAGAUCAUGUAGAAUAACUACCAUUAUGGACCAUUGACCUUCAAGAAAUUCCUGUGAGUCUUAUUUAUCGGAGCCAGAUGAUACUUGUAGAUGGGGCUAGAAACUGACAUAGAGGGCUGAUCCACUUCUCUGUAACACGCAUAAAAACACUGAAUCUGGCAAUUCAGUGUGACAGCUUUUCUUUACAGCAGUAAGGAAUGAGUGGCGUUGGUUCUGGGUCCAAAGUUGUUAGGUCCAAUUUAGGCAGAAAAACUAUCAUUUGUCUGUGGAUCAGUCUUCAGUUUCAAGUCCUAUCUUAUAGGACCAUAAAAUUGUAUUUGAAAGCAUUUGCUAACAAAUCAUGUUUUUUUCCACUUGUACUGAAGCACUAUGUACCAUUUUGCACAGCUGAACAUCUAGCAACUUUGUUCUUAAAUUGGGGCAUUCUGCUGUAAAACAAUAAACAUACUUACUCGGUCUGUGUUGAAAUUAUUACAUAAAAGCUUUGGAAAAGCCUCUUGUAUUUCAAAACUUGUUUCAGAUAAUCGGUCCUCUGAUACUUUUACACAAAUGAGCUUUUUAAAAAAAUAAUUAAAUGUGAGAUCUUUUGAGAGGAGAGGUGGGCAAGCAUGGGUUAUACUAAUAGAAACCACUCCCAUUCUUUGUGCCUGAUAGUGUAUGAUGGGCUGCUGCAAGUGGCUUUUUGCAUGAUUCUUAGAAAUUGAUUUACAACUUCUGUGAUUUAAAAUUAUGGGGGUUCAGUUGUAGUGCUAGGAAAACCCAGAGUACCAAGGACUGUUAAAAUAAUGCUUUUGCCCUUGGUAAAACAGCCUAAAAUUAAUAAUUAUUUUUGUCAAAUCAGUAUGGAAAGCAUCAUGGCAUUCAUGCAAAAACCCAGGAACCCAGUAAAUGCCUUCAACUUCUGAGUCACCUAUGUAUUGUAUUGUUGCUGCUGGUUGGAAAUGUUGAUAGUGCCAUUCAGCCUCUGUUCGGCCUCAUCUGCAGCAGUGGUCAGUAGCUCUGUGGAAGGUUGAUUUUAAUCUGAAAUGAGUUGCAGUCUAAUAGAUGAAGUUGAAGGGUUGUGGGGGAGGGAAUAUGUGUGCUUCUAUGUAGCUGUAAAAUAAUAGAUCAAACUAGGUCAGCCUUCAGUAUUAACUGAUGUUUAGGGAUGGUCAGAAGACCAGAUUGAGUCAUUUCUCAUAACUGCUCUUUGAGAUAAUGUAAUACCUAUGUGCUGUUCUUCAUAUGUAUAUAAUCUUCUGUACUUUGUAAUCUGCAAAGACAUCCUAGAGGGACCAGUAGAGGAAAAAGAGGUGUUAAUCUUCGUGUUUUAAGAGCUCCCUGUAUUUUGAGAAAGGAAAAGUGUCACUGUAUGACUCAUUGAAGGCUGACUGAGCUGUCUUGACUUCUUCUGUGUGCCUUCUAAGAUUGCUAUUCAAGAUGAAGUAUUUAAAUUACCUGCUUGGGCUUGGCUUUGGCUGGUUAUUACCUUCCUCCUGAGUGUACUUUACCUUUUUCCUUUCACUGUUGCACAAGCACUGCUUUCAACAUCUGUAUGUGAAUGUAAGGACAUUACACAGCUACUUUGUACACAGGCUACUGGCAAACUUCAUGUAGCUACUGCAAGUGGUUCUUACAUCCUGUGUGGCAGUAGCAGCUCUCUCUCGUGCAGGCAGGUCAUUUGGUGUUAACCCUGCCAGUCAGUUCUCUGGGGGAGCAGGGGAAGACAUUUUGUCUAAAAACAUUAAUCAGGUUUCUGUAUCAGUGCCUUGCAAGGGUAGAGAUAAUGAUGGGAUACCUCCCUGUGAGAGAAACCAAAUGCAGUGGUUACUUCAGCAGCCCCUGACAGGGAAGGACUUUUACACCCAAUCUCUCCUUCAGAACAAGGUUUAACCAAAACAAAUAGGAAAGGAAACAAAUCCUCCCAAAUUUGCCCUAAAUCAGGAUGCAGAAUUUAAGUUGAACUACAAUUUCCCUAUGCUGUACAUUCAAUAUGAACUAAUUUGUGGUGUUCAGGCUUGGUUUUUUUUUCUUUUUAAUAUAUGGCUUCCCUUAGUCAUGCAGCAGCAAUUUCCAGUGUGUGGCGCAGUUUAGGGAUGUAAGAGGCAAACAAUAAAUGAGACUUUUAAAAAA